UAUCGGAUAAGUCAAAAGUCACUUUUCAGAAUAAAGUACGUGAGAUAAAGAAAUAUUAUAUUAGUGCCGUUAUUGUGUGAAACGAGCAUCUGAUUCAUGAACUUUUAUAGGUCGUGAAAAAACAUACUUUGGUAAUGUCCGCAGUAAAAAGAGCACAGCAAUGGGCUACAUUUGCCAGAACCUGGCAUCUUUUCGAUGCCACAUGGCAAAAUCCAUUUGACAGUGCACAAGUAAUAAUCAAGCAUCUCAUGGGUUUACACAAACCCAUAUACCAUCCAAUGAAUGAUUGUGGAGAUCAUGUUGUUGUCAUGAAUAGUAGAGACAUCGCCUUACCAGGUGACGAAUGGAGAAAACGUGUGUAUUUCCAUCACACAACUUACCCUGGGGGUGCAUCGUGGACACUUGCCUGGGAAUUGCACAAUAAAAAUCCCACAUUGGUCAUAAAAAAAGCUGUGUAUAAUGGAAUGGAUGGCAACUUACAACGGAGACAUACAAUGCAACGUUUACAUGUAUUUCCAGACGAUAAAAUCCCAGAAGAGAUCUUGAAAAACAUCAGUAAUCAGAUAAAAUACUUGAGACCUGUUCCAACUCGAUUGGAUCAUAUUCCGCCAGAAGAAGUUGAGAACUUCCCGAAAAUUAUUGACUACCCAGAACAGUAUAUUGUGCGAUAAAGUAAUUCAGCAUUUUACAAAUUGGUCAUAACAAAAAGCUUUGUAGUUUGCAAUUUGUAGGAAAUUUCAAUUACUUCAAAACAUACUGGCAUUUUGUACAUCUGUAAAUAGUC